AAUGUGUCAAAAUCGUAGAUUGCGUGUAUGAGCCGCAUCUUUCUUUUUCAAGAUUUUUAAUUGGAUGUGAUUGUUUAAAUAUCAUAUUAAUCACGUCAAAAGUUAAGAAAACUGUAUUACUUACGGGGCAAGUGUUUUUCAAGGAAGUGUAGUUACGACGCAGGCGCUGUGUGAUUUUGAAUUUCUGAUUUCCAAUCAUUGCUGAGUAAGACUGUCAUAGGAUCGGCACCACGGGUGCCUUUUUCCGAGUGCUCUUCAACCUUCGCCAUACCGCCCAAGAUGAUCAGUCAGCCCUUCAGGCAAAAGCCCUCAAGAGUCCUGCAUACAUACCUUAACACGUAAAGACAAUUACAAGACUAGCCAAAAAACGUUCCAAGUGAUACUAGAUUAAGUGUUGUUCCUUGUAAACAGUGAUAAUAGUGAUAGUGAUAGUGCCAUUAAGGAUUGAUGAUCAAGAUGUGGUGCUUCGUUGGUAUUCUUCUGACGGUGGCCGUGGCGGCCGACCGGAGUAAUCUACCUCCUACGUGUUCUAGUGAAAUCUACUGCCAUGGCCCACUGCUGGACACAGUGCAAAUGGCGGCUCUCUUCAACGACUCCAAGACCUUCGUGGACAUGAAGAUCAAGUUCUCCCCCAACAUCACCAUGGACCACUUCAAAGAUAUGAUGAAGAGGACAGAUUCCAGGCCGACAAGGGCCGAGAUCAUGGAGUUUGUGCUGAAAAACUUCGACCCCGAAGGCUCCGAGUUCGAAGAAUGGGUGCCCACGGACUGGAAGGAGAAUCCCAAGUUCCUAAGAGGCAUCAAGGAUGCCCGCCUCAAGCAAUGGGCGUUUGAACUGCACAAGCUAUGGCUGGAGCUUGGUCGCAAGAUGACGAACGACGUAAGGGACAACCCUGAACUGUACUCCAUCAUUUAUGUCAACAACCCUAUCAUUGUACCUGGUGGACGCUUUCGGGAGUUCUACUACUGGGACUCCUUUUGGAUCAUCAAGGGACUGCUGUUGUCUGAGAUGCGUGAUACGGCCAGAGGGAUGGUUUCCAACUUCCUGGAUGUGGUGGAGAGGAUCGGCUUCAUCCCUAAUGGGGGGCGAGUUUAUUAUGCGAUGAGAUCUCAACCCCCCCUUCUGAUUCCGAUGGUGAAGCUGAUAAUGGAGGACAGUGGCGACAUCAACUUCCUCAAGCAGCACAUACACACGCUCGACAAGGAAUUUGACUUCUGGAUCAACAAUCACACUGUGGAAAUCGAAUCACAAGACGGACAGAAAUACAAGUUAUCAAGGUUCAUUGACCAGUCCCAGGGCCCGAGGCCGGAGAGUUACAAAGAAGACGUAGACAGUGCCAAAUAUUUCGACACCAAAGACAAGAAAGAGGAGCUUUACGCUGAGCUGAAAGCCGCAGCGGAAUCCGGCUGGGACUUCUCAUCCCGGUGGUUUAUACUCAAUGGAACCAACAAAGACUUAACGCAUCGAAAUGAGCCGGUAAAUGAGUAUAUUUACCAACUGACUGGACAGAAGCAAGUGGGCGGAAACCUGACAAACUUGAAGACGCGUUCCAUCGUGCCAGUAGAUCUAAACGCCAUCAUGUGUGGCAACGCGCAGCUUAUGGCGGAGUUCCAUGAGAAACUAGAGAACUUUGCUAUGGCGGGCUAUUACCGCAUGAUCCAUGGGCAGUACAUGGAAGCCAUUGAGAAGGUACUUUGGCAUGAAGACGUGGGGGUCUGGCUAGACUACAGCCUGGAGUCUCACAGGCGACGGGACUACUUCUAUCCCUCCAACAUCGUGCCUCUCUGGACGGGCUGUUACGACAAGAGCAGAAAGGAGUACUUCGUCAGUCGCGUCAUUAAUUACUUGGAUAAGGUUAAGGUGGACAUCUUCGAAGGAGGAGUUCCCGUCACGUACGAGCAUACAGGAGAACAAUGGGACUACCCUAACGCGUGGCCACCCAGCCAGUAUAUGUUCAUAAUGGGGCUAGCCAAUACUGGAGUGCCAGAAGCCAUGCGAUACGCCGACGAAAUCGCCGCUAAAUGGGUGCGGUCCAACUUCGAAGUGUGGAAGCAGAAAUCAGCCAUGUUGGAAAAGUACGACGCAACAAUCUUCGGCGGUUACGGCGGUGGUGGAGAGUAUGUCGUCCAAACUGGCUUUGGAUGGACCAACGGAGUCAUCAUGGCCCUGCUGGAUAAAUACGGAGUCGAUGAACUAGACACCCUGUCUGCAGCGGAGGCCUUCGGAGACAAAUCAGCCGAGUCAGGGGCGGUGUAUGGAGCACACGUUGGGGCUGGAAGUGUGGCCACGUCGAUCCUGGUCAUCAUGGCUUCGGUAGCCGCUGGAACUUUAGGGGUGCUGGUAUACAGAAAGCGUCGCGACUACGCAUACAAUUUGAUCAACAAAGAAGAUGCGAAACUCCUGUCCAAAAGACCGUACACUGAACUCCAGAGCUUCACCGGGGCAUCGAACCAGAGGCAGCGGUGAACUCGGUCCUUCUCCGACAAUCGUCCGACAACUUUAAUUGAGAACAAGCAGUGAACUUAGGGUCAGUUAAUCUGUAGUUAAACUGACCAAUUGGUAAAUUUUAUGACAAGUGGUUAAUUUAACUAUUUGUCAAGCCGACCCUUAAUUAUUGACAUUCUAUCGAUAUGUUUUUAAUGAUCUAUGUAAAGGAAUGCCUAAAAAUCUGGUCAGUAGACCUAUGAUGCGAACCGUGAUAAACUUUUAUCGAUUUUUCACGAUAAGCCCAUACAUUUGUCGUCUACAAUCGACGACAAGAUUUUGUCAUGGCGCGCAUCCUAGUUCGGCUGAGUUUACAAUGAUAAAAUUAUGUUAAAAACAAUUUCACAAAAAUGUUUAGAUUUAGCGAUUCAAUAGUGUUGUCAACAUUCUAUAUUACUUGAUAUAUCGAUAGUCUGUCGAUAAAAAAGAACUACGUAAUUUGUUGUUACUCAUCAAAAAUAGGACGACUGGAGAAAACAACGUUAGAUAGGAAUAUCGUAUUUUCAAAUAAUAGUGUACAAAAGAAUCUAUUUUAUUAUAUAUUUUAAUAAUCUCAGACUAUUUAAAAAGUUAAUAGAAAAUGGAGUUUGUAUAAAACCAGUUCUACAAGUGCUGUGGUAUGAUUAAGCUUUGUACAUAUAGAUAUAAGGUAUAAUAUCGCGUGUAUAUUAUUACUUAGACUUAUUAGUGCAGUCAAUCCAAUAUAAUGUGGCAAUUACAUAGUGCUCAAAUUCAUAAUCUGAAUGAAUAAACAAUGUAUUGACCCAUUUUAACCGAUUUAAAAAAAGAGGUUAGUAAUAUAAAUGUCAACGAUAGUGGAUUGUGAUUUAGAUUGUUAUUCGUAUAGAAAUAAGUGAUUAAAUUUAAUCUAUUUAUCUAUUUUCCAGUAUUGUCGAGUAAAUAAAUUACUUUAACAUUUAACCCAGUACAGCCAAAAAUAUUUUUCACUUAUUUUGAACCGUAAUACGUUUCAAGUAAAGCAGUGAUUCAACAGUCCUGUUAAAUUUAAACUGUAAAGAUUAGGGCAAAAACUAAUUGAACUCCGAACUCGAGAUAGUUAUAUUUAGUCUUUUUCCUUUAGAAAGACUAAUUUAUUUUUCAUUUCUAAACUGUUUUCUUAGUACAAAAAAUAUUUAGUUUACCAAUGCAACAAUUAUGUAUUUU